AUGCGAACUUCCGUCCCUCUGGCGGCACGAAUAGGGCCAAUAGUGGCCCUGAUCUGUACCAUCAGCACUCUGAUUUCCUCAGUUGAGGGCAAGAGGAAACUCAAAGAACAGGAAAUCAUCCAACGUAUUCUCAACAAUUACGAUUGGAGAGUCAGGCCGAGAGGAUUGAACGCUUCCUGGCCAGAUACCGGUGGUCCCGUGCUGGUUACGGUAAACAUUUAUUUACGUUCAAUCUCAAAAAUAGACGACGUCAACAUGGAAUACAGUGCUCAGUUCACCUUUCGAGAAGAAUGGGUGGAUGCGAGGCUUGCUUACGGUCGUUUUGAAGACGAGUCUACAGAGGUGCCGCCGUUCGUGGUGUUGGCCACCAGCGAAAAUGCGGACCAAUCUCAACAGAUCUGGAUGCCGGACACUUUCUUCCAAAACGAGAAAGAGGCACGACGUCAUCUGAUAGACAAGCCGAACGUGCUCAUCCGAAUUCACAAAGACGGCUCUAUUCUUUACAGCGUUAGGUUAUCUUUGGUACUGUCCUGUCCAAUGUCGUUGGAAUUCUACCCGUUGGACCGACAAAACUGCCUUAUUGAUCUCGCCUCAUAUGCGUACACAACGCAAGACAUUAAGUAUGAAUGGAAAGAGCAGAACCCGGUCCAGCAGAAAGACGGCUUACGACAGUCGUUACCGAGUUUUGAACUGCAGGACGUGGUCACCAAGUACUGCACCAGUAAAACCAAUACGGGGGAAUAUUCAUGCCUGCGUACUCAGAUGGUGCUACGUCGCGAAUUCAGCUAUUACCUGCUGCAGCUGUAUAUCCCUUCGUUUAUGCUUGUCAUUGUCUCGUGGGUCUCGUUCUGGUUGGACAAAGACUCGGUCCCGGCACGAGUCACGUUAGGUACGGUAUGCUUAUCGUUGCUCUGUCAAGAUCAGAUGUAUGUAAGACAUGCCAAAACCCCAUGA